UUGGCCGAGUAGAAGAAAUAAGCCAGCAAACAGCAAAUAUGGCGAACGCGCUAAACAAUCUUCGUCAAGCCUCAAACAAUCUUAGUCAAGAAUUUGCCGGCCUAGCUCACGACGAGAUGGCUGAUGUCAAUGCUAUCUACGAAUUCCGGCUGUAUCAGGCACGAGAGCAGAAUAAGCGUGCAAUUUUUUGGAGAGGAAACAUUAAUGAGAGACCGAAUUUGGCUCCUUUACCGCGUCAAGGCCUACAGCAGUUGCCAGAAGAUGUACCAUUUCCGAACACUGCCGCCGAAUUCGCUAAUUUAACAACGGCACAAUACAGAGCCCUUCUACAGGCAUACGGACAACCGGACAACGGACAUCGUCCCGAUUUGAUGUUCCGCCUCCAAACCUACAUUCUGGGUCUUUAGCAGAUGAGGCAAGGUCUUAAUCUUAUGUUCAGCGGUUAUCCCUGUUUUUGUGUCUCUUUUCGCUCCGGAUUGUGACUUGGUUCCAGAUUGCAGUCAGUAAUUCUUGUAGUAUCCUACUGUCAUACGUACAUCACAGAUUGUUGUUACGCAGCCAAUAAGUUAUGAUGGAUUGUGGCUCGUCACCACAGCUACAGGCUGUAAAAUGCAGACAAUAUAAAGAGAC